UCGACAAUAGUAGCAAAUAUAUGAAAGGAUCGUCAAAAAUUGGUCACAAAUUUGGUUGUGCAUUCAUAGAUUCAUAGGAUCCUUGAAGUUGGAGCCGUCGUCAUCGUGUUCCCUCUUCUCCAGAGUCUCCAUCUUUCUGGUAAAAUUGAAAGAAAUUUGUACAUUUUUAUUCAGUUUGAUUUUCGGGUAUUUUGAGAAAAUUGUUUUUAUAUGGGUGAAACGGGUAAGCGAUACCGAGGUCAGAGAGACAACUAUGAGGAUAACAAGAAUCAGAGAAGACGAACUGAUAAGGAGGAGAAGGGUGGUGAUGAAUUAGUUGCAUACAGAAUACUGUGCCCUGAUACCGUUAUUGGUAGCGUGAUUGGUAAAGCUGGAAAAGUGAUAAACUUGAUAAGACAGGAAACUAAAGCGAAGGUGAAAGUGGUGGAUCCAUUUCCUGGUUCUAAGGAAAGGGUCAUUACUAUCUACUGUUAUGUGAAGGAUAAAAUAGACAUUGAAGUUGACGGGGAGUAUAACAACAAUGCGCCACUUUGCCCCGCUCAAGAUGCUCUUCUUAGAGUGCAUGCUGCCAUUGCAAAUGCAUUGGGUAGCUUGAAUGAUUCUGACAAGAGGCAAAAAGAUAAAGAAGAAUGCAACCUUCUUGUCCCAGCUAGUCAGUCUGCCAAUGUAAUUGGCAAGGCCGGGAGCACUAUAAAGAGAUUGAGAAGCAACACAAGGGCUAAUAUUAGGGUUACUCGUAAGGAUGAUUCGGAUCCAAGUCAUUCAUGUGCUAUGGAUUUUGAUAAUUUUGUCCAGAUUUCUGGAGAUUCUGAAGCUAUCAAGAAAGCAUUAUUUGCUGUUUCUGCAAUCAUGUACAAGUUUGCUCCUAAAGAAGAAAUACCCCUGGACACUACUGUGCCAGAGGUUGCACCACGUAUCAUUAUUCCUGCUGACAUGCCCAUAUAUCCUAGCAGUGGGUUUUAUUCUGAUUCCAUAGUUCCUUCUAGGUCUGCUCCUCCUCUAAUGGAUGCUCGUGCACAAGAACUUCCCGUUUCAGGCUUUACUGACACAGGAAGCAUGUGGUCUGUUGUUGUCCCUGGCUAUGGUGGGACCUCUCGGUCUGAAGAGUUGACAGUUCGGGUUUUAUGUCCUUCUGAUAAGAUUGGGCGUGUCAUUGGGAGGGGAGGGUGUACUAUCAAAAGUGUAAGACAGGCCAGUGGUACACACAUUGAGGUUGAUGAUGCUAAGAUUACCAAAGAUAAGUACAAAGAAUGUGUGAUUACCAUAACUUCAACUGAGUCACUGGAUGAUAUGCAAUCAAAGGCAAUUGAAGCUGUCUUAUUGCUUCAAGAAAAGAUCAAUGAAGAUGCUGAAAAAGCUGAAAACAUUACCAUGCGCCUUCUAAUUCCAUCUAGGAAUAUUGGGUGCAUUAUAGGGAAAAGUGGCUCAAUUAUCAACGAGAUUAGGAAAAGGACUAGAGCUGAUAUCCGGAUCUCGAAAGGAGAGAAGCCAAAGUGUGCUGAUGAAGGUGAUGAAUAUGUUGAGGUCUCUGGAGAAGUAAAUAAUGUCAGAGAUGCACUUAUACAAAUCGUUCUAAGACUCCGUGAUGAUGCUCUGAAAGAUAAGGAUGGUGCCAGGAAUCCUUCUGCUGUUCCUGAACCUUUAUAUGCUGGAAGCAGUGGCCUUUCACUGCCUCCUGUUUUACAAACUGUUCCUCCAGUCAACCAUAUGGGUUAUCAGCCAAGAACCGAAGCUGGAAGUGGGGUUGACAUGUUUUCGUCUAGUGGCCAUUACAAAUAUGGAUCAUUGUCGAUGGGAGAUGAUGGCUACGGAUCUUCAUAUUCAUCCAAUCUUUAUGGAGGAAUGAUGCCAUCCUCUACUCUGGAGAUAUUGAUCCCUGCUAGUGCAGUAAAUAAAGUUAUAGGAAAAAGCGGGGCUAAUCUUUCCAAUAUUCGUCAGAUAUCUGGAGCUGUUAUAGAAAUUUCUGAGCCAAAGUCUUCGCGUGGAGAUCGUGUGGCACAUAUAUCUGGCACAUCUGACCAGAAGCGUUCAGCUGAAAACUUGAUUCACGCAUUCAUUAUGGCAACUUAACUUCUCAGGUUGUUUUCUUGGUAGGAAAGUUGGAACUGGAGUAAAAGGGCUUUCUCUUCACUGUUAUUCUCUAAAUACUUUCUCUAGGUUAUUCCACCAGAAAAGCUCCUUUUUAGAAAUAUUCCAUCAGAUCGUAUGCCCUCCAUCAAAAAUGCCUAUCAAGGUCGUACCAGAAGAUUUGCACAAGAUCUGUCUAGAUGGAGCUUAGAUUUCAUGGCUACUUUAUCUAUUCAUCUUUUGUCCAGCUAGGAUCCUUCAUUCCUUUCUUGACUUUGUGCUAUCCGUCUAUGUUCCUGCAGUUUCCAUGAACAACAUGAUGUUUCACCCUGAAAGGAUUUUCUUCUACUGAACAUUAUAAUCAAAUCUGUGUUGAAUUUUUCUGGUGUUCA